CCUCAGCAGACGUGGGAGAGUUUUGAGCAUCCCGCCUGAGGCUAAGACCAGUCACUAUUCACUAGCAGCAGUGUCAGUGAAUGGACAGUGAUCAGCUGAUGUUGGCCUCUUGUGACGGUGGGCUGAUGUCAUUGCCUGUUGUCGAGCGGGGCACUGCCAGGCGGGGAGGACAAGAAAAACUCCGAGUUUGGAUGAUAAUAAGUAAUUUAGUUCAGAGUAUGAUGUAAUGGAAAAGUUGUGCGCGAACUGUCGUAGAAAUCAGGAAAGGUUUACUUUAGUAAGGAGUGUAGUACAAAAGUGGAGAGUGGAUUGAGGAGUGCCUUCCGAUGCCAUAAAGAAGAUGGUAAUCUGUGUAGUGGACAGUAAGACCAAGGGCACUGUGAUUAGAUAGCAGCGUGUAUGAUAGUGCAUGAUCAUCUCACACCGGUGAUCACUCUGGCUCUCUAGGAGGCCCCCACUUGAUGAGGUAGCAUGGCUUUACUUCGGAUGGCUGUGGUGGUGGGAGCGGUGGCCCUUGUCUGGGGUGCCAGCCUCCAGGAAAUGUCUUUGGGAGGCUGGACAGUGCCACCAUUCACCCUUUGCCAACUUCUUGGUCUAGCAGCACUGGUAUACAUUGCCUGUGGAGGAUACUACACCCUAUGGCUUGUGUACAUGACUCUACCACGGGAUUUGAGAGCUGGUAUAAGAUAUCUGAAAGUUCUCAUAAAACUGAAAACAGCAUCAUACUUUAAUAGCAAUAUACCUAAGCUAUUUAUGGAGAAUGUACGCAAAAAUCCAAACAAAGUUGCUCUCAUAUUUGAAGAUCAAAAAUGGACUUUUGCACAGAUUGAUGAGUAUAGCAACAGGGUAGCCAACCUGAUGGUGUCAGAGGGAUACAAACAUGGGGAUACUGUGGCCUUAUUCAUGAUGAACCAACCAGAGUAUGUCUGCACGUGGCUGGGCUGUGCCAAGGUGGGAGUUGUGGCAGCGCUGAUCAACUUCAAUCUGCAGCAGACCCCACUGGUCCAUUCCAUCCAGGUAGCAGACUCCAAGGCCAUCAUCUGUGGUGUGGAGCUGCAGAAAGCCCUGAAAGAAGUGAGGAACCAGCUGAGUGUUCCAGUGUAUGUGUCAGGGUGUCAUAACACAGCUCCAGAAGUCAGUGAUGCUAAGAACCUGGACCAGCUGCUGAGCACUUCUAGUCCCACCCCACCCCUUAAGAUAGGCUCAGUUGGCACUAAUGACAAAUUGGUGUACAUCUACACCUCUGGCACCACUGGUCUGCCCAAAGCUGCCAUCAUCAAGCACUCCAGGUACUUGUUCUUUUGUGCUGCAGCCCACCACAUGGCCACCCUGAGGGAGGAGGACAUCAUUUACAACCCCCUUCCUCUAUACCACACUGCUGGAGGCAUGGUGGGCAUGGGCCAGGUGCUUGUGUUCAACUGCACUGCUGUCAUCCGCCGCAAGUUUUCAGCCUCUCAGUUCUGGAUUGAGGCCAAGAAGCACAAUUGUACUGUUGGUCAGUACGUGGGAGAGCUGUGCCGCUACCUCCUCAACACUCCAACCAAACCUGAGGACACCCAACACAAGGUAAGAGUGAUGUUUGGGAAUGGAGUAAGACCUCAGAUCUGGGAGCAGUUCACUUCCCGCUUCAAAAUGCCAGUCAUCGCUGAGUUUUAUGGAUCAACAGAAGGGAUUGCAAACAUAAUGAACAUGGAUGGCAAACCUGGUGCAUGUGGGUUUGUGUCAGUGAUAGUUCGCCAUGCCCUGCCUGUGUACUUGGUCAAGGUGGACCAAGAGACUGGGGAACCUUUGAGGGACAAAAAUGGACUCUGCAUUAUGUGUAAACCUGGAGAGCCAGGAGAAUUUGUGGGUAUGAUCAGAAAGAAUGACCCAAUGCGUGACUUCCACGGAUAUGCAGACAAGAAGGCUACACAGAAGAAAGUCAUUCAAGAUGUAUGGAAGAAAGGGGAUGCAGCAUUCAAGUCUGGUGACAUCCUGGUGAUGGAUGAGUUGGGCUACAUGUAUUUCAAGGAUCGAACUGGAGACACCUUUCGCUGGCGGGGAGAGAAUGUGUCAUCCACUGAGGUGGAAGGGGUGGUCUCCAAGAUGGCCAGCAACAAGGAUGCUGUAGUGUAUGGAGUCGAAGUUCCUGGGGCUGAAGGCAAGGCUGGAAUGGCAGCAAUUGUAGACCCAGAGGGCAACCUUAAUCUGACAGAUUUUCUUAAAGGGAUGAAGAAGAAUCUGCCUCCUUAUGCCUGGCCCCUGUUCUUGAGAAUACUGAAGGAGAUUGAUGUCACAGGUACUUUCAAACUGAAGAAGUUAGCCUUACAAAAAGAAGGCUUUGAUAUAAAUGUGGUUAAAGAUGAGCUUUACUUCUUGGAUGGGAAACUUGGCAAAUAUGUCAACCUGACUCCAGAACUUUUCACCAAGAUUAACGAUGCCAAAGUUGGACUGUGAAUAGUAUUUAAGUUAAGUACGUGCAGGGUAUUCAUUUCUUUAAGGAACUGUCUUCCACCGUGUUUCUCCAUCUCUUGAAUAGCACUGAUAGUUACACAUGGACCUGUUGUGAUCAGAGUUAUCCUAUCCUUUCAUAAAUUACAGACCUCUAUGGCUGUAAACAAAGCACAUAUCAGUAAGUUGCAUGGCAGCCAAUGCUAACAGGUUUUGCAUAUGUUACUACAGUUUGACACAUUUUAAACCAGUUUUGUAUACUGAGUGGUGUGCAAGCAGUCCAUUAAAUAGAUAUUUAUAUCAAAUGGUUAGGCCUUAGCAAGUCACUCAUAAUAAAUAAAUAAGUAUAUACCAGUGACUCAAUAUUACUAGUCUGGGGCUAGUAUGCAGCAUACCAACCAUUACCUCAAACCAAAGUUGCCUUCAUGGUGGAGUAUGACAAGUAAGAUGACUUGAAAUUAUUUUGACAUAAGAUGUGGCAUCUGGUAAGAGAAUGUGAUAAAUUCUGAAAGAUUAA